UUUGGGUUUUAAUCCAGUACUGCUUCACGUCACAAUCUGCACUUUGAAGGAAGGAAGGUUGAAUGAAGACAUCACUGCACAUGGUUGUGUGAGGAACCAGGAGAGAAAAUCGCGGCACAGAUUUCCUUGAUACUGUGAAAUAAUUUGCAGAAAUGUGUUGUGGAUAACUCGCAGUUGUGGAUAUUUCUUGGCUUUAAGUGCGCACCUAUUGCGAAUUAGGAAAUCGGUUGACACGGACGACCAAUCAUUAUAUCAUGGCCUAAGCUCGCUCGAAAUACCAUCAAAUGGCGACCACUUUCGACGGCAGCACUAAGAAUAAUGCAGAUAAGUCCAUUUUUAUCAAAACUCUUAAAGACCCUCACAUCCAUAGGAUGCAAGGGUUGCUUAAAAAGAUAAAAAAAUCUACUUUGUCACGGCCGAAAACGAUCGUAACACAGGAGGAUAAACAUGUCGCUUCACCCGUAAACAGCAAGACUCCAACUGCCAAGCAAAGCACCGAAACUGACGAAGAGAAGUUGCUGCGUUAUCAGAAGGAUAUUAAAAGUGCCUUACAAUACUACAAGGUGAUAUUUGACAAGAAAUUUCCCGAGAAACUGCCGGGCACAGCAACUGUAGUACUCGAGAGCAUUGUUAGUAUAGAAACCAUUUUCAAUGCUUGUUUGCACUACUCGAAAUUGGUAAAUGAAAGUUUUGACGAUUUAGAGCCAACUCGCGAGACUCUACAUCGAAACGUCACGAAUCUCAUUCGACUUUCAGAUGAUGUUUUGUUUGAUUCAAGUUCGAAUUUUCUCCCGGAUAAAAACGAUGCUUUCCGAGCCGUAGACUCGGUAUUACAGUCAUUGAAUAACUUAUGUGAAGCGAUCCUACCGCGAUUACAGAAACUGCAAGUGAACGAGGAAUUGAAAUCCUAUUGUCGGUCAAAUUCCACACAUUCUAGCUCCAACUCACUCGAUGAUUUGCUAGACUCGCAAGAUGAAGGGACACCGGGUAGAAAGUCACGUAAAACUUCGAGUAGUUCGAGCCAAUUCGCUGUCAACGGUAGUGCGUCACUAUCUGACAGACCAGCGUCACAAAGGAGCACUGAACGAGACUCAGGUUUUGCAAGUGAGAUGAGCAAUGUGAGUUUAACUGCAGAGAACAGAACAGAUGAUGUAGCCCCAGCUAAACCACCCCUACCACGAAAAGAAGAUCGCUCUUACUAUGGCAAUCAGCCUUUCCCAGGGCAAAGUCAUAUAAGAAAGACAUCAAGUAACCCUGUGACUCUUGAAACACCAUUUUCACCAGUUCAUUUGAGACCAAGGCCAAGCUCAGACUUCCGUUCUGGCAGUAACCACAGUGGUCAGUUCUUGGAUGUAAAUAAGCAAUAUAGUUCUUUUUCAACUUCUGUAUCAAGUUUGAACAGCAGUAAAUCAUCUUUUAGUUCAGUGGAAGAUUCAACGGCAAUAAGUCCAAGAAGGAAAUACCUUCUUCGGAGGUCAUACCUUUCUGAAGCUUCAAGAGAUUCCACUGACUCGAUUGCUGAGCAAAUUGACUUGGAUCAAGUUGGCAUGAGAGAUGAGUUCUAUGCUCAAAUACAAAAGUGCUCUGAAAGGUACGAAGUGCUCUAUGGAAGCCAUUUGUCUUUGUUUCCAACUGAUAAUGAUGAAGAAGACAUUUUUGGUACUGAUAAACCUGCAAGAGACUCACUGCCACCAGUUCCUCCUAAACAGAGAAACAAAAAGUCAAUGAGCAACUAUCUGAAGUACUUUGACAUUGACAAGUAUGGUAAGCCUUCAAAAGGGGACCGACCUGCUUCAUACUAUGAUAAUGUCAACUGCCCUGUACCAAGUGCAUAUAAUAUUAAUGGAGAGCAGUUCAUCAAGGCUCUUGGCAAUAAUGAGGAGCCUCCUAAACUACCACCCAAAAAGGGAACAUACAGACGUAAAACCAUAAAUCAUGGUCAUAGCACCUCACCCAAGUUGCGAAGUGAUAGGUUGUCAACACGUAGCUUCAAAGCAGACUCAAGGGGUAGCCACAGGGAACUGAGACGAAGGGAGUCAACAGCUACCUAUGAAGAAGAUAAUGUACCUGCUCUGGAUUGUACUGAUGUACGGAAAUUUUUGAUUUCCAAAGAUGACAGAAAUGGUCCAUUGCUUGUUGGAGGAACUGUGGAUGGUUUACUUGUUUUUGCAACUGAAGCUGAGGUGAAAAAUAAUAUAUUUUAUGAAGCUUUUAUUGCAACAUAUAGAACAUUUAUGUCUCCAGUUGACCUAAUAUGCAAGCUGUUGUACAGAGCAAAUCGCUUCAGAGACAAGGGAGAAUCAUAUGCGUCACAUGGAGCAUUGUCACUUUUGAUAAGAAUUAUUGAUGAAAUGUAUGAAGAGCUGGACAAAUCUUUAUUUGACCAACUAAGGGCAGAAGUUCAUCGACUGUUAAACCGAGGAGAACUCGAAGUUGCAAAAUUGUUGAGGGACAAAAUUGUUAAUUAUUGCCUCAAGUUGCAAGAGAAAUUACAAACAAAAAGCAUAAUUACACUUGAAGUUGGAAGCAAAUAUUCACUGUUAGAUUUUCCAAGCCUUGAACUUGCACAACAGAUGACUCUAGUGGAUUCAGAGUUAUUCAUGAAGAUUGGUCUUGCAGAGAUUUUAGCAUGGGGCAAGGAGCAAAAUGAACUUGUAAGCCCAAACCUUGCAGAAUUUAUUGAGCACUUCAAUAAAAUGUCAUAUUGGUGCAGAACUCUCAUUUUGAAGGAGGCAAAACAGCAAGAGAGGGAAAAGCUGUACAAGAAAUUUUUGAAAGUGAUGAAGCAUUGUCGACGGCUCAACAAUUUUAGCUCUUACCUUGCCAUAUUAUCGGCCCUUGAUUGCAGUCCUUUGAGGAGGCUUGAGUUUCCUAAACCACUGACAGAUUUAUUGCAAGAAUUCAAUUUGUUAAUUGAUAGUGCAUCAGCUUUCAAAACUUAUCGCCAGGCACUGUCAGAAGCAAAGCCACCUUGCAUUCCAUAUUUAGGUCUUAUACUCCAGGACAUUACUUUCAUCCAUUUAGGAAAUCCAAAUGAACUUCCUGAUGGCAAAGUAAAUUUUGUUAAAAGAUGGCAACAGUUUAAUGUCCUUGACUCUGUGCGGAGGUUGAAAGAGUGUCAAUACGACUUUUCAAAAAAUGACAACAUCAUGGAUUUCUUCAGUGGCUAUGAUGAGUAUUUAUCAGAAGAAGAGUUGUGGGAAAAAUCACAAGAGCUGAAGCCAAGAAAAAAAGCUUAGAAGCAUGCGAUCAUCCAAACGCAGUAAUGGAUGCCCAACAGCAAACCAUUUCAGUGGCCAUGUUAACGAACGCAUCCACUGCGCCGGACUGGUCACACUAAAUUUGCAGAUGGUUCACCGUGUUCCUUGUGGUAUGGCGGUUCUCAGUGCGUAACAUUUCAAAUGUAUGAUCGAUAUAUCACCCAUCGAUUUAGAAUAAUACGCUUUGGAUAUUCUUUAUCAAAAUAAAUACUGUUUCAUAUUUUGGGAAAUAGAUUACCUCUGUAAAGUUGGGUAAUGUAUCUUUUGUCUUUCUUAGGUUUGCUUAAGUUUUUUAUCGCAUGUCCCACCCAGAUUUGUGUUUGUGGUAUGAGAAAUAUCCGAAAAUGAGCUGCAAAUCAAGUUUUAAGAUUUUCAUAAACAAUUCAAAGUGGAUUGUGGGAUGUUUAUCCGUUGAAGCUUGUGAAUUAGGCUUUUGAUGAAGCCGUUCUAAGACAUCUGUAGGUAUGCUAUAUUUUGAAGUUGUUGUUGUAAACACAUUGCGAUGGACUAGACUUGACGUAUCAUUUUUGUAAAAUAAGUCAUAUGUUCGUUAUUGAGGUGUAAAGGCAGGGAGCAGUUUGGCUUAUUUGCGAGGCCCAGAUACCCACUGAUUAACUUUGCAUUUUAUAGAUCUGGACCGCUGCACGUUUAUUAGGAAAUCAAUUUGAAUUAUGUAAGUAAAGCUACUUACACGGCAUAUUGUCAUUAGAUGGGCUCAGGUCUGAUAAGAGGCCUUUCAUACAGAAAAGUCGAUUUGUCAUAAUCACGUAGGAAUUUCGAUGCAUGUACUCAAAUCAGCUCUCUGUACCAAGUUAUAUGUCAUUGUUUUUUAAUGAAAUGACAAAUUAAUAUUGCCUGGGAAUUUUUUACACAACAUAAAUGUAUAAUGGAUGAUUUGUACACUGUGGUGCUAAUUAUUUAUUUAUUUGAAGCUACGGCUCGUGAAGACUGUUUCAAAUUCAAGGAACCCAACCCAUAUUUUAGACUACCAUAUCUAAACUAUCUUCGGAACUAAGACUACCAACGGUAUCUUUGGAACGCUUCUCAAUCGUGCCUACUUUCAAAUCUCAAGAUGGCCUAAGUUUUCAAAAGAAACAGUACUAUUAAAACUUGCCGUAGCGGAUCCUUUGGCCUCCUUGUUUUUCACCCAGAAUGUUUUCUUCUUUACCUUCUUCUUUAACUGUCGCUUCAUUCUCUUUCGACGUGGUAGCCCAGCCAGUUCUUACAUUUUUACCGUUAUUGUUAACAGCAGUGUAAUAAUCAGUCUGUAUCGGUGCUCUGUAACCUUUACGCAUAUUUUGUCCCUUAACCCUCUUUAUUCCAUCAGAACUGGUGGUCAACAGAAAUCAUCAAAUUGUUUACUUGUGCUCGACAGAUAUUAAAAUUCUAACUAAUAGGGUACUAAAUGUUUUUCAUACGAAGGGUCUUUACACGAAUUGAUUUUUCACCCAAGAGCUUGUCCCAAGAGCAAAUGAAGGCAUAUUUAUAACACCUGUAUGGAACUAGAAACCAGUCUAUUGUUGACAUCACAAGUUACAUCUUAUAAUAGAAGUAUAAAGAAGUAAUAACAGAAGUAAUUCUGUUAGAAAUAAAAACCUUAAAUGAAGCUUAUCUCGUGUACUUAUGCGCAUGUUUAGUGCUUAAAUCGAUCACCAAAAAUAAUCACAAUGCAGAUCAUUUUGUAUUCCCAAAACUACCAAAUCUUCAAGACUGAUAUCCAAAGUCAUCGGAUAGACCUCCGAAGGUUUCCUCUCCCCUCCUGGAGUAUAGUAUUCUCUUUUGAAGGCAAUAUUAAGUUAAAAUGAUUAUGAUCACUGUAUUUUUGUGUUAAUAUGAUACAAGGAGGCUCUCUCAUCCUUUGUUCUGUUAAGCCCGUAACCCAUAAUGCACUGUUUCAAGUAAGCAUUGAAAGCAGACAGCAAACUGAUUGGCUAUUUCGAAUAUUGGCUACUACUGAUUGGCCUCAUUGUUGUCAGUCGGCUAGGAUUUGAUUGAUGCCUCCUUGCAGCCAUUUUCAUGAGUCAGCCUACUCGCUCGUGGUGUCGAAGCAAAUACAGAAUUUAUUUCCUGGAUUGAGUGAUUUUGUUUAUAGACUGUCUUGAAAUAGAAUUUGUAAAUAAAGUUUACUAGCAUGUAGUUGCUUUAAAUUUUGGGCAUAGCAUUAUUUAUACCUCU